CUCAUAAAUGCGCAUGCGCAGCAGCGCUGUCCUCUCUGUUUCCUGCACACAUUGCCACGUUAUUAGCGGCAGGCACAACAUUCAAGCGAUACUUCAGACUGUUAAAGGUGAAAGAAGACCCGCCGCGCUAACAGUCUCCCCGGUUUCCAUCACUGUUUUAGCAAUAGUUGACUCGUUUGGAGGUGAUCCGAGAUGCUGAAGUUGUUGAUUGUGUGCGCACUGGCCGCUAUUAGCGCGGCUGAUAUCCCCGAAGAAGAGGACGUGCUCGUACUGAAGAAAAGUAACUUCGAGGAGGCGCUCAAAACUUACCCAAAUAUCCUUGUUGAGUUUUAUGCACCUUGGUGUGGGCACUGCAAGGCCCUGGUCCCCGAAUAUGCUAAAGCAGCAGGUAUGCUGAAAGCUGAAGGUACAGACAUCAGACUUGCUAAGGUGGAUGCAACAGAGGAAUCUGAGCUUGCUCAGGAGUUUGGUGUUCGCGGAUAUCCCACCAUCAAGUUCUUCAAGGGAGGAGAGAAGGAGAACCCCAAGGAGUAUUCUGCUGGCCGACAGGCUGAUGACAUUGUCAACUGGCUGAAAAAGCGAACUGGCCCUGCAGCCACUACUUUAAAUGAUGUGACACAGGCAGAGUCUCUUAUUGCUGAUAAUGAGGUUGCAGUCAUUGGAUUCUUUAAGGAUGUUGAAUCAGCAGAUGCCAAGGCCUUCAUUAAAACCGCAGAGGCUGUGGAUGACAUCCCCUUUGGCAUCACCUCAGAUGAUGCAGUCAUUUCAAAGUUUGAAGUUGCCAAGGAUGGUGUUGUUCUUUUUAAGAAGUUUGAUGAGGGUCGCAAUACAUUUGAUGGAGAGAUCGCCAAAGAAAAACUACUGGCCUUCAUCAAGGCCAACCAACUUCCCCUGGUCAUUGAGUUUACAGAGCAGACUGCUCCAAAAAUCUUUGGAGGUGAAAUCAAGUCCCACAUCCUAAUGUUUGUGCCCAAAACAGCCACAGACUUCCAGGACAAGAUGGACCAAUUUAAAAAGGCAGCUGAGGGCUUCAAAGGCAAGAUUCUCUUCAUCUUUAUUGACAGUGAUGUGGAUGAUAAUCAGCGAAUUCUGGAGUUCUUUGGUCUUAAGAAAGAAGAGUGCCCAACAAUCCGCCUCAUUACCCUAGAGGAAGAGAUGACCAAAUACAAACCAGAAACCUCAGAAAUCACAGCAGAGAACAUAAUCGCCUUCUGCACAGACUUCACGGAGGGAAAGCUGAAGCCUCAUUUGAUGAGUCAGGACAUUCCUGACGACUGGGAUAAGAACCCUGUCCAGGUCUUGGUGGGCAAAAACUUUGAAGAGGUUGUCUUCGACCCCGCAAAGAAUGUCUUUGUGGAGUUUUAUGCCCCAUGGUGUGGUCACUGUAAGCAGCUGGCCCCUAUCUGGGAUCAGUUGGGUGAGAAAUUCAAAGACAACGCAAACAUUGUUGUGGCCAAGAUGGACUCCACAGCCAAUGAGAUUGAAGCUGUCAAAGUGCAUAGCUUCCCCACACUCAAGUUCUUCCCUGCUGGCGAGGACCGUAAGGUAAUAGACUACAAUGGUGAGAGAACGCUAGAUGGAUUCACAAAGUUUUUAGAGAGCGGAGGAAAAGAAGGUGGUGCACCAGCACGAGAUGAGGACGAGGAAACUGAUGAUCUGGAUCUUGAUGCAGAGGAGGGUGAUUCAGAUGUGGAAGAGGGACACGAUGAAUUAUAAGAGUCAGGAGGAAAAGGCAAGACAAACCCCUUCACCACCACCACCACCUCCACUUUAAACCUCCCUGUCUGUGAACACUAAAGCUUUUCCUAACUAAUCCAACUGGGUGUUACAGGGUCCUCUGUCAGCCAGUAGUCAUUACCAGUCCAACCCAACCAUCUGCAGCCCAGAGAAGUGCCUCUCUGCCCACAACUUUCUCUUUUGAAGUGUUUUACUGUACAGUUAUUUUUGCAUUAAAGUGUAUUUGGUUUUUAGGUUUAAUUCUAAUGGUAAUGUUGAACUGCUCUUUAUACCUGCCCACUGCCUCCUUUUGUGAUCCGGGGGCUCAGUGUUAAGAUUUUGCAGUUUAAUACUGGAAAUACUCUCCUGAUGAAGGAGGGGGAAAGCCAGUUAUUCUGCCUUAAUUCUGUGAUAUGAAUGAGUGGACAUUUCAGGGCAGAGGGGGCUGUAUGUCAUUCACCUUUGGGUGGAAAUACAAUUAUAAUAAUGGGCUGCUCUUACAGUGUGAA